GUGAGGAGGCGGCGGGCGGCGCGUCGACGCGGUCAUCCUGACACUGUCGACGGGGCGAGAGGGAUGCUACCUCCGUCAGGGAAGGACACGCGUGAAUCUCUGAGUGAAUGUGGACUUUUUUCAUAUCUUUUCCUCACGUUUGGUGGCGAAAAGGAGAUCUGACUAAGAAGGACGGCACGUUGUUCACUGACUAGAGCGGCGCACUUGACAGGGAAUAUUAGUCGCUGCUUCGAGGGCUGCAAUGUUAAAUGUGGUUGGAAUGGACUGGGCUACGGACACCGGCAGUUAGGAGCGUCAGUCGGCGAAGAGAGCUUUUAAAUGGACGCCGAGAAGUGUGCUUAGCAUACAUCCGGCUUCCUCCGGUCUACCUGACUGCAGCUUUGGCCCCGCACCCUGACUUUGAGUGAUUAGUCAUUGCCUCCAAGGGCAAUUGCACGGCAAGACAACAAGAAAAAAAAAAAAAACAAGGAGAAACUCUCGGGAGUUGGGAGCCCUGCCGCAGUGGAUGGUGGAGGUGGUGGCAGAGGUGGUGAGUCAUUCGCCUCGGCAGAUGCAACAAAUUAUUCAUCAUCCGUGAACAGCCCAGAAUACAUAAUUUACGAGGACCAAUUUCCGACUGGAGACCAAUAUGAAGGACGUGUCAUUUGUGGAUCGUCUCUUUGUCAGCUUGGCCGUGGCCUCUUUUGUUGUGGCCACUGACAAAAGGCCAGACUGCCCAAAACUCUGCAUAUGUGAGAUUAGACCCUGGUUUUCUCCCAUUUCCGUAUACAUGGAAGCACACACUGUUGACUGUAAUGAUUUGGGACUAUUUAACAUGCCGGAGAAACUACCCGCGGGCACGCAAGUACUGCUGCUGCAGACAAACAAUGUUGCCAAAAUUGACAGACCCUUGGAUUACCUGGCCAACAUCACAGAGAUUGAUCUAUCGCAAAACAACGUCUCAUCCAUGAGCGAAAUCCAUCUAGGGACUCUGCCUCGGCUGCUGUCCCUACACAUGGAGGAGAACCGAAUACAAGAGCUGCCUGACCGCUGUCUGGCGGAGCUGGCUAAUCUUCAAGAGCUCUAUCUCAAUCACAACCUAAUCUCCUCCAUUUCCCAACUGGCUUUCCAGGGUCUCGGCAAGCUCCUACGCCUCCACCUCAACUCAAACAAGCUGCAAAGCAUCCGCAGAGAGUGGUUCGACCCCAUGCCGAAUCUGGAGAUUCUGAUGAUCGGGGAGAACCCGGUGCUGUCCAUCGACGAGAUGAACUUCAAACCUCUCAGCAGCCUGCGGAGUCUCGUUCUCACCAGAAUGAAUUUGUCUCAGCUCCCCGACAAAGCUUUGGCCGGCCUGGAUAACUUGGAGAGCAUUUCUUUCUAUGACAACACCUUCCCCGAGGUGCCACAUUCCGCCCUGAGAAACGCAAAAAACCUGAAGUUUUUGGAUCUAAAUAAAAACCCAAUAGCAAGGAUACAGCGAGGGGAUUUUGUGGACAUGCUUCAUUUAAAAGAGCUAGGGAUUAAUAGCAUGCCGGAGCUUGUUUCCAUUGACAGCUUUGCACUGAAUAAUCUGCCUGAGCUGACCAAAAUAGAAGCCACCAACAACCCCAAACUGUCCUAUAUUCAUCCUAACGCGUUCUACAAGUUGCCCCGGCUGGAGACACUAAUGCUAAACGGCAAUGCUCUCAGUGCCCUACACAGAAUAACCGUGGAAUCGCUCCCGAAUCUCAGAGAGGUUAGUAUGCACAGCAACCCCAUCCGCUGCGACUGCGUGGUACGCUGGAUGAACAUGAACAAGACCAACAUUCGCUUCAUGGAGCCUGACUCGUUGUACUGUGUCGAGCCUCCGGAGUACGAGGGCCAGCAUGUCCGACAGGUGCACUUCAGGGAGAUGAUGGAGAUUUGUCUGCCGCUCAUAUCUCCGGAAAGCAUGCCCGGGCAUAUUAAAGUGCACAGCGGGAGCUCGGUGUCGCUCCAUUGCCGAGCUUUUGCUGAACCGGAGCCGGACAUCUACUGGAUCACUCCGUCCGGGGGUAAAGUUCUCCCCAACACCGUGUCCGAUAAGUUCUACAUGCAUCCGGAGGGGACUUUUGACAUUUAUGACAUCACGGAAAAAGAAGCGGGUCCCUACACGUGUGUGGCUCACAACCUAGUUGGUGCUGAUCUGAAGUCAGUGUCAGUGGAGGUGAAUGGAUAUUUCCCCCACGCUGCAAAUGGCUCUCUAAGUGUCAAGAUCAACACAGUGGAGACAAACUCCAUCUUGAUUUCCUGGAAGGCCAGCCCGGGAACUCUGGCUCCCAACAUCAAGUGGUACACGCUCUCCGCCGCUAACCAUCCCGCCGCAUCAUUUUCCACCAGGGUUCCCUCAGACGUGCAAAUCUACAACCUCACCCGACUCAGCCCCGCUACUCAGUACAAAGUGUGCGUGGACGUUCGCAGCAUCCACUACAAACACGACACCAAAUGCGUCAGCGUCACCACCAAGGGAUUAGAUCUUACGGCCAAGGACACGGAAAAAUGGGACACGGCGCUAAUCACGGCCUUUGGUGUGCUCCUGGCUGGGAUUUCAGUGGGCUGUCUGCUUAUUUAUGCAUCUCUGAGGAUCCACCAACUUAAUGGGGAUUUAAGGAAAUGCGACUCCAAAGCUUUGCUGUCACCAGCGGAAGCCGCUGCUGGACACGCUCCUUUUUUUGCCAGGCUGUGGUUUUCAGGUAGGGCGCUGCCAAGCGGAGUGGAAGUGAAAGCCACAGUCAUACACGUGUCUGACGACGCCUUUUAAGGAGAUGAUUGGACGUGACUUUGGGGGUGGAGGGAGGGGGGAGGGCAGGGGUGGACAACAUUCAGCGACAUCGCUGAUCCCCCCAGCUCGGACGCUAUUGAUGUGGACUGGGAUGGAACAGUUCUGCUCUCCCAGCUUCGACCCCAACUGAAGGGGUUUGCUUUGGAACUGUAAGACGCAGCAAAGCAUCAAAGCAUCCGCAUCAACCAGAUGGGGCAUUGACUGCCACAAGACAUUAUUUAAGCGCAGAAACACAGAUGGUGGAAGAAAAGUGAUGACGAUGAUGAUGAUGACACUGGAGGAGGGUGGGCUCUCUUGUAACUGACUGUUAAAUUUGUCCAGAGUUGUGGAAAUGUCCGUGUGGUCCCAAGCAAUACCGUCUGUGCUUUGUCGAACAUCCAUAGACGAGUUAGAGAUACACUAAUAACACCUGUCUAUAUUGGGGAGGGCGAUAUAGUAGACUAGACGAAUAACAGUGAACUAUGGUGUAAAGCCUUUUGAUGAAACAUACCCCCCGCCCCCCCUUCCCCUCUUUUUCUAUUUAAACCAGAUUCUUGAUUUUUUUCAUGGAAAUAUUGUUAUAUAUUCUAAUAUGUUACCGCAAAUCCUCUGUAUCUGAACACUUUGAAUUGGCUUUACAUGAACACGUUCGAUUACAGUGUAAGCUUAAUGACUUUCAGCUACAAAAUGGCUAUCAAGGGAAGAAAUGUGUGUCGUACAACGAGUUGGGUCGGUUGUUGUUUUGUGGCGGUAGUUUGGUAUGCCCUGGUAAGUGCCUAAAAUGAACUACAUGAGGACGAACAAAAAAAGGAACCGGGACGACUAUGAGAGCCGCAGCAAAAUAAGAAGAGAAAGACUACAUACUCAUUGCAGAAGCAAAGCAGUACAUCUCCAGUACGACGUGUGAAGAAUACCCUGUCAGUAUUUUUAGCAAACAUAUUUUAAAGAUAUUUCGUUGUUGCUUUGGGUGUAAAAGUUAAAAAGCCAUUUUUAUAUUCUAACUGUUCUAUAUGUGAUCUAUGGGCACAACAGACUAAGGGAGUGCUGAGAAAAAAAAUAAAUGUCAUUGUUUCUUUUACAAACCA